AGAUGCGAUAUGUCUCAAUGUGCGCGUUCUGUUGUUGUAGGCCCGACGUGGUACGCAUUUUAGUCGCUUAUUUAGUUGUUUUCUUCGUUCGCUAUGAACAUCUAGAAUUAUUCAUAGCAUUUAAUUUGUUUUUGCGUUUAUUUUAUAAAUAAUAUUUUAAAAAAAUGACACCAACAAAUGAGGACGGUGUGGAACCGCCGCACAUAGUUGUUUUAGACGGAGGAUUCUCUACGCAACUUUCCUGUCACGUAGGUCAUGUCAUUGACGGUGACCCUCUCUGGAGCGCCCGCUUCUUGCACACACACCCCAACGAGGUUGUGAAUACUCAUCUUGACUUCCUUAGAGCUGGGGCCAAUUUUAUAAUUACGAAUACAUAUCAAGCAUCUGUCGAGGGUUUUGUGGAACACCUGGAUCUGACACCGGAGCAAGGAUAUGAGCUCAUCACCAGAGCUGUCGAGCUCGCGAAGCAGGCUCGUACAUUGUAUCUUGAGGAGUAUGAGAAUUACAUACAACACGAUCACGUCCCACUAGUUGUAGGAUCUGUAGGACCAUAUGGGGCUCAUUUGCACGAUGGCUCGGAAUACGACGGCAGUUACGCGGACACAACAUCUGCUCAGACAAUGCGUGAAUGGCAUAGACCUCGAAUUCAAGCAUUAAUAGAAGCUGGAGUAGAUCUGCUAGCUUUAGAGACGAUACCUUGUCAAGAAGAGGCUGAGAUGUUGUGUGACUUGUUGCGCGAAUUUCCCAAUAUGAAAGCAUGGCUGUCCUUUAGCUGCAAGGAUAAUCAAAGCAUAGCUCACGGUGAAAGUUUUCAAAAAGUGGCUAAGAAAUGUUGGGAGUCGAAUUCAGAUCAGCUGGUGGCUGUGGGGGUGAACUGCUGCGCCCCUUCGUUUGUGACCAGUCUAUUAAAGGGGAUCAACGACGAUAGGCCGCACGACCCCAUACCCCUCAUCGUUUACCCCAACUCCGGCGAAAAGUACAACCCGCAAAUUGGAUGGAUAGAUCGCGAUAAGUGCGAACCCGUGGAAGUAUUCAUCCAGGAAUGGUUGGACUUAGGAGUGCGAUACGUGGGCGGGUGCUGUCGUACAUACGCAGCAGAUGUAUCAAGAAUACGUAACCAGGUCCACUGCUGGAGAGAUCGUUGGCGCUUCCAGCACAAGUUUACAUCGAACACUCAGAAUAAUAAUUGAUUCACAUAAAUUAUACGCCAUCUCUAUCAUAACUGCAUAUAUUAAAUAUACUGCCAAAUUCCACGUGCCAUUGGUGCUGAAUUGUAUAUAUAAUUAUUAAGUCAAUUAAAUCGAAUAAACACAUUUGUGAAAUAAUAAAA